UCCUCCUCCUCCUCUUCCUCCCCAGGGCUUCAGUCUUAGCGUCUGUUUGCUUUUUCCUGAAACUCUGCGACUGAAACGGAGGAUCAGAGGAUCUGCUGCUGCUUCACACUGCAGCAACUCAAACUGAGGCUGUUUCCAGGAGUUUCCAGGAGUUUCCAGGAUGGGCGUCCCAGACCCAGUUCGGCCUAAAGGUCUCUUCAACAGCAUCAAGUUCUUUGUGUUCUGCCACAGUUUGCUCCAGUUGUCUCAGCUCCUGGUGUCCGGCUACAUGAAGAGCUCCAUCACCACCAUAGAGAGACGUUAUGGUCUGUCCAGCCAGAAGUCUGGUGUGCUGGCCGCCUUCAACGAGGUGGGAAACACCGUCCUCAUCGUCUUCGUCAGUUUCUUUGGCAGUCGAGUCCACCGGCCACGGUUCAUCGGAGGCGGAGCUCUGCUGGCAGGCGUGGCCUCGCUGCUGAUGGCGACGCCUCACUUCCUGAGCGGGAAAUACGACUACGGACACGACAUCAGCUCCUCCAGUGACAACAGCUCCGGUCUCUGCCAAUCAGAGAGCAGCUCGGCUGCCCCGUCGUCCAAUCAGAGUUGUCAGGAGCAUGAGAGCCCCGCCCAGCAGGUGGCAUAUCCUCUGCUGCUAUUGGCUCAGCUGCUGCUGGGCGUGGCUUCAGUUCCCAUCCAACCGUUUGGCAUCUCGUACAUCGAUGACCACGCUAGCAGGAGGAACUCCCCGCUGUACCUCGGCAUCCUUCUGGCCGUCACCUCCAUCGGUCCGGCCUUGGGCUUCAUCACUGGGGCCUUCAUGCAGAGGUUCUAUGUCGACUUUGACAAACUGACCAAAGACCAGAUCGUGUUGGACCCCAAAGACCUCCGCUGGGUCGGGGCCUGGUGGCUCGGCUUCCUCGUGGCCUCCUGCCUCCUCUUCAUCACCGCCAUGCCGUACUUCUUCUUCCCCAGAACCAUGACCAAAGAGGACUCUGCAGACGACGUGGAAUCCAAACCGGACAGCAAGCAGCAGACGAAGCCCCCCCAGGAACUAUCACUGCUUCAGUUCCUCAAAAGUUUCCCUCGGAUCGCUCUGAGGACGCUGAGGACUCCGGUCUACCUGCUGGUGGUUCUGGCUCAGGUCAACCUGGCGGCGCUGCUGUCCGGACUCGCCACCUUCAUGGCCAAGUUCAUCGAGAAGCAGUUCAGCCAGACCACUUCCUUCUCCACCAUGAUGAUCGGAGGAGUCGGGAUCCCGAUGGCGGUGGUGGGAACCGUUCUGGGUGGAGCUCUGAUGCGAAGGUUUAAUCUUUCCGUCAGCAGCUCCGGCAAAGUGUGCACGGUGGCCAUCUUGCUCGGCAUGUUCUUCGCCAUGCCGAUGCUUCUGAUUGGCUGCCCGACGCAGACGGUCGCCGGCGUGUUUCCUCCCGGAACCAGACCGCCAUCCUGCAGUUAUGACUGUCGCUGUCCUCAGGAGGCCUUCAACCCGGUCUGUGGUUCUGAUGGUGUUGAGUUCCGGUCGCCAUGCCACGCCGGCUGUUCGUCCGUCCAAACCGACGCCAACAACAAAGUCACAAACUACACUGAGUGUCGGUGUGUCGGUGGUCUCGGCUUCGCCCUUCCUAGAACCUGUGGCAGCAGAUGUUCCCACCUCCUGAAGCCCUUCAUGGUUCUCCUGGCUCUCACCAGCUUCAUCGCCGCGUUCUCCCAGACGCCGUCCUACAUGAUGAUCCUCAGGUCGGUUCCUCCAGAGGAUAAGUCUUUGGCAGUGGGAGUUCAGUACAUGUUGUUCAGAGUCCUCGCCUUCAUGCCCGGCCCGGUUCUGUACGGCAGCGUCAUCGACACCACCUGCAUCCUGUGGGGCAGGAAGUGCGGCAAAACUACUUCCUGUCUGUACUACAACCUGGACCGCUUCAGAGAGAGGUUCCUGGGGCUGCAGGUUGUGUUUGUUUGUGGCGGGCUGCUUUGCUUCCUGUUGACGGUCGUGGUCCUGCGGCGGAGAGCUGGACGUCCAGAGCUGCAGCCGGAGAGCAACGGCGGCUACGAGCUGGUGAACGAACACAAACCAACGGACAACAACAAAGAGGUGAACGGAACCAAAACCUGAGGAGAAACGCAGCAGGAAACAAACAAACAAACAAACAAACUGAGGCUGGACAGACAGAAGGAGCUCUGAAUGAAACCUUCUGCUUAAACCCUCAGAAAACUUCAGUGAGUUUUUCUAUAAUAAGCUGCUGGGUUCUGACAUUUACCAAUGAAACGUAAAGAAAACACAAAGAAAACACAAUCUAACAGGGUUCAGCGUGAAAAUAUUCCACAAAUCUUCAUUGAGCUGUAAGUUUACGAAGCUCAGAGGAAAAAGACGACGACAAUCUAUGAACCCGUAUUUAGAAAAACAAACAAACAAACAAACAAAUGCUGCUGCGGUCAGAAAACUUUCAGAAACACAAAAACCAUCAUGGAGAGACUCACUUUACUAUUAGAGCCUGAAAGUAACACAAAAACACACUAAACGACCACAAACAGACACAAAAUGACCACAGAGACACACAAUUACAACAGACAAAAACAACCACAGACACAAAACCACAACAAAGAAACACAAAACAACAACAAAAGUUUCUUUGUUUUCUUUUUUAAUCAUUGCUCCAAUGUUUCAUGAACAUUGUGCUUUUACUUUGAAAUCACAUAUUUUUUAUAUAUUUUUAUACUAAUGGAACUGAACUGAUUUUGCUUUUAUCUGUUUGUUGUAUAAAAGCUUUUAUAUCGUUUGUUUUUUAAGCUGAUUUUUAUAGAAGUUUGUUUUGUUUUUAUACGAGUUUUCAGUAACUUUGGUGCCGAAGCUUUUAAAAACCUGCAUCAUCGUCUGUGAAUGUUUCCUGUUUGUUCACUGGAUUUUAUCUGCAGCAGAAAAGCUUCUAAAUCUGAAACUGUGAGGAGAAAAAGCUUCAAGAAGUUCAACAAAACUUUGUUUCUGUGAAUCUGUGAAAACGGAAUAAAACUUUAUUUUACUCUCA